AUGCUAUUAGUAGACCAUGUCACCAUGGUGCCAUAUAGGUACACGGCCUAUUUCAUUCCGUCGGAAUUUUGGCAUCGCGACUUUUGCAACGUCGCCAACACAGUGCUUGGAGCACUCCGCAAUGUCAUGGAGAAAACAUGGUCUUGCCAAACAACCAAAUAG